AUGCAUAUUAUCAUCGUCGGUGCUGGUCCAGCGGGCCUUGCAGCCGCACUCGCAAUGUCGCAAACAACCAUCCAAGGCUCACUACCUCGCAUUACUAUCCUCGAGCUGCGCCCAAAAGUCGAAACCCUCGGAGGAACUAUUCUGUUGACGCCCUUGGCGCUACGGUACCUGGAUGCCCUUGGCGUUGGAGCACGAUUACGAAAACUGGGUAUCCCCAUCCGCGGCGUCGACGUUGUGUCUCUUCGGACAGGCCAGACGCUGGGUCAGAUGUUACCUGGAACAGAUUCGCUGAGAGUUCUGAGGCAUCAUCUUGUGCAGUGCAUGGCGGAUGCCGUUGCUGAAUUGCCUAAGGACCGGGUCAACUUGCGAUAUGGUGCGAGAGUCACCGACAUACAACAGGUGGAUGACCAAGGAGAUGAUGAGGCAACUGUUCACCUUGAUGUUCAGUUUGAUGCUGAUAAGUCGCAAGAGUCCAUCAGCUGCGAUGUCCUCCUUGGAUGCGACGGUAUACACUCUUUCGUUCGGACCACAGUUAUUGAUCGUGAGCGGAAGAAGAUGUAUUCCGGUCGUGCCAUCGCCUACGGAUAUGUCGACAGUGAUUCUACUGGAAAGAUUGGUGUCACGACAAUGGAUGAGAAGCCAAUCCUCGGGGACUCUGCCAUGAUUCAAGGUCGGCAUGGAUCGUUCUUGAUAACCCACUUCGAACCAUCGAGGGAGAAGGUGUAUGCUUUGGCUAUUAUGCCGAUGGCAGAGAACCAAGACGCGCGGGAAGGAUGGAAGGCUUUAGGGGAAGACAAAGUCACACUCAAGCGGGGUAUCGUUGCUCGCUUCAAGGGAGGCAGUAUCAAAGGACUAGAGUCUAUGAUCAAUGAGAGCGACUGGUACUUCUAUCCUGUCUAUAUGCUUCCUCCUGAGGGAAGAUGGAGCAAGGGUAGAGUGCUUCUUCUCGGGGAUGCCGCUCAUGCUAUGCCACCCCAGGGCGAAAGCACAGGUAUCGCAAUCGAAGACGGUAUCCUGUUCGCCCACGUACUUAGUGAGGGGAUAAAACAGGGCGUCCCUUAUGUGAUGGAAGCCUACGAAGCCCUGAGACGGGACGACAUAAAUAAGCUCUACGAGGAGACGAUGUUUCGCUGGAAAGCUGGAGGCUCGUCAUCGUGGCUAUGGGGUAUUUUUAUGGAACUCGCGACCUGGCUUUAUCUUCUUCUUGCCAACUAUCGACAGGAAGAUUACUUUAAGCGGGAUGUCAGAAGCUUCAAGCUUCCUCAAGGAGAAACCUCACAGCGAGCUCCGCACAGGCGAGCCAACGUGGGAUGGCUCUCCCCUUCAAAUCAAGCACCAAAAGCAGUCAUCAACGAUAACUACGGCCCUGCGCUCACAAACGAAGAACUCUAUGCUUUAGCGCGAAGUCUCUCUAAACUAGACCAGUUUCUUCUUCUCUAUUGUCAGCAUUUCUAUCAGCAAAUCGCGUCUGGUGCGCUCAAUCCAGGUGAUGUAUCUGCGCAGAGACUGGCUCUGAAUGACUUGGAGGAUCUUCAGACAAUCAUAACUCAGAUUCAAGAUAUUAACAACGGUCGUUUCAUCUUCAGCAGCCACUACUUAAAAGAGAGGCAUAUCCUUUACUAUUGGGGAAGAGCCUUUUCGUUUCUCUCUCAGAAUCUAUUGGCCGGAGAUGAAAUACACCAACCCUCGCUGGGGAACCUCAAGAGGAUUAUUGAACACGCCUCUGAUAUAGAGAGUGCAGUACUUGAUGCGGGCUCGGCGGGGGUGCUGACAUCUGAUUAUCGAUUGGUCCUUUCCGAGCGAUGGGAUCUUCUCGAAAGUGCACUCAAUCUAUACCACCAGCAUUCGCAGUCUCCUCGCACGGUUGCAAAAUGGCCAGAAAUAGCACGAAAGAUCCAAGCGGCACCGAAAGUGGCGCCUGAAGACACCAAAGCAGGUCUUCCUACGCAGUCUGGUACAUUCACCACGAUACUCUGGCUGACGUUUAUCGGAACAACCUUGUCUAAUGUCUGGACCUUUGCCCUUGCCUACAACUACUCAGAUCACAAACCGGGAACUACAAAAGACGCAGAUUUCUGGUUCCUCAUGCAAAGCUGCAUCACCCAGGGGUUCACCCUGAUCAUCUCAGGCAUUCCUCUAAGGGCUGAUCCCCGAUUGCGGAAGCGCAGUUGGGUACCUCCCAUGCUGCUAGCAUUGGUCUGCACGAUAAUAGCACCUCCCUUGUAUCUCACCGCCCCGACAGAGUGGUCCAGCUUUGUUGGUCUUAUAGCCACAGGCAUUCAAGCCUUUAUGGUUCUGCAGCUUGUGACAGUUUCAGGAUGA